AUGAUCCUCUCGGCCUUCCUGCUGCUCUGCUGCGCCGUCGCCACCUGGACGGUGUCCCCGGCCAAGGGACGCCAAAGCCAAAUCGAAAGCCCGUCAUCUGAAGAUCAUCUAGCGUACGGUACCUUGGACCAGGUGAAGGCGGAUCUUCAGCGGGUGGGGCUCGAGUCGUCCAACCUCAUCAUCGGGGUGGAUUUCACCAGGAGCAACGAAUGGACAGGGAAGCGCUGCUUCGGCGGGAGGAGCCUGCACCACCUCGGCGCCGUCCCGAACCCGUACGAGGAGGCCAUCAGCAUCGUCGGCGAGACGCUGUCGGCCUACGACGAGGACAACGACAUCCCCUGCUUCGGCUUCGGGGACAUGUCCACGCACGACCAGGGCGUGUUCAGCUUCUACGGGGACGUGCGGCCGUGCGCCGGCAUCCCGGAGGCCCUGCUGCGUUACCGGGAGAUCACCGCCACCGUUCAGCUCUCCGGGCCGACAUCUCUGGCGCCGAUCAUCGAGGCUGCAAUGGGGGUAGUCCAACGCUCCGGGCAUCAGUACCACAUCCUGCUGAUAAUCGCUGAUGGGCAGGUGAUCAACCGCCAGUUUUGUGUUCCGAGAGGUUGCGGUGCUCAUCGCGCGAGCUCCCUGGACGAAUCAAGAUCAGAGAACGACAUGGAGGAGAGGACUCUUCAGGCCCUCAUUCAUGCUAGCCAUUUCCCUCUCUCCAUCGUCCUCGUCGGGGUCGGGGACGGGCCAUGGGACGACGAUCAGAUGCCGUUCCACGACGGCCGACGCCGAUUCAACAACUUCCAGUUUGUGGAUUUCACCAAGAUCAUGUCCACGGAGAUGUCCCGCGCCGAGAAGGAGGAGCGGUUCGCGCUUGAGGCGCUGGAGAAGAUCCCGAGCCAGUAUGCUGCGAUCGUCAGCCAGCGUAUCAGUGAUCUGGCUGCGAGGGCGCCUGCAAGGAGGCCUCUUCCUCCUCCAUCCUGA